GGCGCCGCGGUCACGUGGUGUGGCUGCUUGACUUCUGCAGCACUCACUGCGGUCACUGCUCAUACCAAAAUUACUCUUGUUUCAACGUCAGAUGUACAAAGUUAACUGCAUUGUCCUGGGCGACAAUCAUCGCCAUGUAUUUGAGAUCAAAAUUGCAUCGACAGAGACUGUCAGCGCCCUCCAAAAGAUUAUCAAGGACGCGAAGAAGCCACAAUUUGACCAUGUUCCCGCUGACGGUCUCGAGCUAUGGAAGGUCAACCUGCCUUGCGACGACGCGCUCAAGCACACUCUUGAGAGUCUCAAACUUAGCAUGAUGGAGUCACUAUCACCUGUAGAUGAAAUGCUAGAAGUUUUUGGCAAUGCUCCUCAGCGUAAGCGUCUGCAUUUUGUUAUCCGAGGCCCACCUGUCGUGUCUUCGGAACCGCUCCACCUCAACUGCAUUGUCUUGGGCGAAGACCCAAACCGUAUUUUCCCAGUCGACAUCGUGCAGAAGCAGACUGUUGGUGACCUCAAAAAUUUGAUCAAGGAUAAGACGAAGCCACAAUUUGACCACAUUGCCGCUUGCGGUCUCGAGCUAUGGAAGGUUAACUUGCCUUUCAAUAAAGCGCUCAAGCAUACUCUUGAUAGUCUCAAACUCGACGAGAUGGAGUCGCUAUCACCUCUGGAUGAAAUGCUAGAGGUUUUCGACAAUGCUCCUCAGUAUAAGCAUCUACAUAUUGUGAUCCAACGCCCACCUGUUGACGGCUCCCGUACUCAUUUGCAACUGUCGCCUUCCGCACUCCUGAGCAGGACGCAGCAACUUCGUUCAGAGUACAGCCGGAAAUUUCCUCAGGAUGCUCCUUCCAGUCAGGGGGAGCCUUCUAACUUUAAAGGCAUACAGACAAGCCCGGACCUCACCAUUCACUGGGAUCGACCCCCUUCGGCUGCACAUACUAUACCCAGCACGCUACUUCAUCCAAUCUUCGGUGCAUUCAUGGACGACUGUGAAAACCAUGAGCCAACGCCAGACGAUAACAAGCUGGUCAUGGCAUUGUCGGUGGCUAUGUCCGGCUUCUUCGCAGACGAGACAGGACGUGCUUCUAAAUUUCGUGAACUCCUGCGGCAGCACGACAUCGACAUAAGGGCCACGACAAUUGAUGGCAGCAACUACACCACCGACGGUGACAUACAGUACAAAGGUUUCCGCUAUGCAAUUGCAGAAGUCAAGAACGAGAUAGGGUCCACGAAGGCAGAACCCCACAUGCAAGUCCUUUCAUACUAUAUACAUUCCACGACCUCUUUCUCGAAGGAGAAGCCUUCAUUUAGGUUUCCCUGUAUAGCAAUCACACUCUUUGGGUCAUACAUUGAUUUCUCAGCCGCUGUUUGGAGCACGCGUCCGAACAUGCAGGCGAUUUCGGCUGCUUUACCUCUGUCCCAUCACAAAACAGAUACCAAAAUGCGUGUGAUGGUCGCACGGCACGUUGGUGCGCUCAGGAAAGCUCUUCGGUCUCUCUCGGAAUGCUACGAGCGAAUGUCAUCAAACACUACGUCCCCUUCUCCUGAUCCACACCUUCGAUUUCUGGACUCGGAAUUUCCAGAUCCCGGGUUUCCAUACCCGUAUUCUUAUACUUGCGUCGACACAUCGUCGACGUGUCAUUUCACGUACUGCCAUCAAAUGGAUACCACCAAGCUACUCUUUUCCGCCAAAACAACCGAUGACAAGAUGCUCUGCAUCAAGUUCGUCCGUCGUUACUCUAAGGAAGUACAUCAACGAUGUGCUUCUGGCGGCUUUGCUCCAGCACUCUACGGCUUCGAACACCUACCAGGCGGCUGGUACAUGGUUGUGAUGGAGUUUAUCACAGACGAUUACUGUUGUCUUGGGGAACUUUCCGAUCCUCGCCCUCAUCGCGAUGCGCUCACUAUGGGACUUCAAUCUCUUCACCAAGAACGUUAUGUUCACGGAGACAUUCGGAAUACAAAUGUUAUGGUAAAAAAGGAUCACAGCCCCGGGUUCAAACUCGUGGAUUUCGACUGGUCCGGGAUAAUAGGUGAAAUCCGAUACCCAAUCAACGUAUAUCGAGGAAAACGUCUAUGGAGGCCUACUGGGGCAGAAGACGGACAGUUGAUCCUGGCUGAUCAUGAUAUUCAGAUGUUGAACGCCAUGUUUUCUUCGAGAUUAAGUAGCGUACUGUAGAUAACAUCGGGGUAGCUCCCAUACUGCAUUGUGAAUAGACAAACAUUACACAAACAU